GGGGUGGGGCAGUUUUACAGGACUGGAGUAAGCAGUGGAAAGUUACAGUGAAAGGUGGUUAGCUAUUGUCAGCAGGGGAGGGGGUCACAAGGUGCCUGGUGGGGAGAUCAUAAUACUCAUUGUCCGGAAGAAGGUCACCAGGUCGAUCAGUUGGGGCAGGGCAGGAACAAGUCAUAAUGGAAUGUCAUAAGGUUGGUCAAUCAGUUAAGACAGGAGCUGGCUGUUUCACUUCUUUUGUACUUUUGGGUUGCCCCAGACUUCUUGGCUCCUGCAGGCCAUGUGGAUGUAUAUGUGCAGGUCACAGGGGUUACAAUGGCUGAGCUUCAACUCAGAGGCCAGACAGCGGUGUCCCCACUGUGCUGAAGAAAGAGCUCCAGCCCCUGGCAAUGCCUGGGGUUUAGGUCCCAGGUCUGCUGGUCACUGGCUAUGAUCUUGGACAAGUCUUUCCCUUCGCGGAGACCCCAGAUGGACAGAGAAUUCACUGAGCAUUACACUACUGAUGACAAGCAGGCAACUGCGUUGGAGAGGGAGGUCAUCAUGGCUGCAAGGAAGGGACUGGACCCAUACAAUAUACUACCCCUAAAGGCAGCUUCAGAUACCAAAGAAGACCCUAAUUUAGUCCUCUCUAUCACCAACAAGAGAAUAGUGGGCUGCAUCUGUGUAGAGGACAACAGUACCAUCACCUGCUUUGGGCUGCACAAAGGCGAGACCCAGCGAUGCCCCAGCUAUGGAACCCAUUACAAGCUGGUGCCCCACCAGCUGAUGUACUGAGCACCAGCACCAAGUUACUCAA